GGUGUGACGAAAUACUUGAUCAAAUGGGCUGGCUACGAAGACGAAGCUGACAGGACCUGGGAACCCAUCGAGAAUCUUUCCGGUGCCCAAGACCUGCUGGAGGCCUAUCAUCGCAACAUUGGUGGCACACCCGAGCCUCCUGUCAAGGGCAAGAAGGCUGGCAAGGGUAAUCGGGGAAAGCGAGCUGCCUCUUCUGCCUUCGCAGAUUCACCAGCACCCGCUUCAAGCAAGAAGGGACGUGGCCGGAAAUCGGAUGCCAAUGGCGAAGCAUGGGAACCGCCUCUCGGCUCUUGGGAGGAUCAAGUCAAAGGCGUCACUGCCAUCAUUGAAGCCGACGACGUCGACGCUGAGGGCACCAUCAGCAAGAAGAAGGGCGCCCAAUCACUCGAAGGGCUGCUGGAAUGGCAUAACGGCAAGAAGACGCAGCACAAGAUGCCUGUACUACGGCAAAGAUGUCCGCAGAAGCUGCUUGACUACUACGAGGGUCAUUUGUAA